AUGGAGCCGGUUCUCAUUGUUGGAGCUGGUAUCGUCGGCCUAACCCUAGGCCAGGCCUUGCACAAGCUGAGCAUACCUUUCCGCAUUUUCGAGCGCGACGCAACGCCAGCUGCCCGCGGUCAAGGCUGGGCCAUCACUUUACACUGGGCGCUGGAGUAUAUCCAUCACAUCCUCCCCGAGGAGACCCUGCGAGCCAUCGAGGCCGUGCAAGUCGACCCCGAAGUCGCCAAACAUGACAACGGCAACUUCCUUUUCAUCAACCUUGCCACCGGCGAACCCAGGUUCAAAAUCCCGCCUAGCAUCCGCUGGCGCGUCAAUCGCGAGAAGAUGCGCCAGGCGCUGCUCCGCGGCAUCGAAGAGCACGUGCAAUGGAAGUCGCACGCGGUGAGCGUGGAAGUCGACAACAGACCCAACCCUUCCCCUUCUCUUGUGCUCGCAGACGGCACUCGGGUGCGAGGAAAGAUAGUCAUCGGGGCGGAGGGAAGUCGGUCGAUGGUGCGGCGAGUGCUGCGGCCAGAUGCGCACAGCAACCGGAUCCUACCGAUUCGCUUCACGGGUGUAGCGGUCGAUCUCUCCCCCGAGGAGAUCCGCCCGCUGCGAGCACUGGAUCCGUUACUCUUCCAGGGCUGCCAUCCCCGCUCGGGGGCGUUCUUCUGGUUCUCGUUGCUCGAGACCCCCUGGACCAAUGGAACGGCAGGGUCUUCUGACGAGCAUUAUCGGGCGCAGAUUUGCAUGUCGUGGCCGGUUAAGGGGGCAGAUGACGAAGUUGGUGCCACGGAUGCUGCGCGUUUGGCGAAUAUGAAGCGACGCGCGGUCGGUUUCGUCUCCUGUCUGCGCUCGGUCGUGGAGGGUAUUCCGGAGACCACCCCCGUGUCGGAGAUCAAAUUGGCGGACUGGGAGUGUUUGGAGUGGGACAACCAUCGCGGCCAGAUCACUCUCGCCGGGGAUGCUGCUCAUGCGAUGACGAUGUACCGGGGAGAAGCAGCGAAUCAUGGGCUACUCGAUGCAUUAAGGCUUGUGCAAGCCCUCCAGUUGGUCUAUACGGGCGGCAGAGGGCUCAAGGAGGCAAUCGAGGAGUAUGAGGCAGAGAUGCGAUUACGCACCAGACGUGCGGUGCUGCUGAGUCGACAAGCCUGUUUCGAAGCCCACGCGUGGGAUCAGCUUCAUGAACACUCGGCCAUUUUGACUAAGAGAGCGAUCACUGCAGAAACGGGGCUUGAGACCAAUAUGCAAAUAAGUCGAAUCUAG